AAGACACUGUGGUGGCAGAUCAGCGGGGCGGUGCGCAUAGCGGGAUAACGCUACAUUGUAUUAUACCACCAAAAAAAGGAAGCGGGGCAUCUCACUAUUCCCGAAGAGUUACAACAACUUGACCGGCCUUGUCUACUAAUCUAUCCAGCUGGCCGUGGCUGCAGAGGGGGGGACGGGAACUUGGAGGAACUACGGGGUAAAACAACAACGGUGCCAACAGAAUUAUCUGUUAGGCGCUGGGACAAAUUUGCAGACGUUUAGUUCUGCGGGAGAGGCGAAAUUUCUCCAGAGGAACUCUCUAUCAGUGUUGGAAACUUCCCAGCGCAGCAUCGAUCGAGGACCUCCCGCCCACUUUACCUCUGAUCCACAAUACUGGAGGUGGGGGGAGAGAGAGUUCUGCAGCCGCAGCGGUGGAUGGAGCAAGAAGGAUAGAUGGUUAAACUACAAGAGAGCCUUUAAUAAUAACCCACCUCUCUUUCCUUGCCUUUCCUGCUGUUUCUGAACAGACCGCAUCGCCGAUCGCGUAUAGCCGGCAGCGUGCGCAAAUUUACAGCCGCUUGGAUCUCAUCUGGGGGAGCCGACCAGGUUACUUUUGUCCAAACUCUGCACAAGGAAUCGCCGCAGACGCAAAAUUGAUGCUUUACCACGGAGGAGCGCACCGAACCCCUAGUUUUUUCAAAGUAGCCUACUUGUCGUCAACGAGGGGGGUAGACUGCAUAUAGUUAAGGGCCGACUGGGGAUUUGCAGAAGUUGCAUGCUUGGUCUUUGUCGUCUGGAGUGAGCCUUAUCCAUCCACUCUCAGGUUAUCAGAGAAGAUCCGGAUAGUUGAGGUGCCAUGGCGAUGUGUGUGGGUGUAUGGAUACUCCUGCUGGCUCUGCACAUCCAAGCUGGCAGUGGACAGAUGGUACAGAUGGACCCCAGUAAGUCUGGCUUUGUUGGUUCACAAGUGGAGCUGCGUUGUAUUUUCAUCAACAGUAACCCGCCGGUCAAGAUCUCUCAAGUCACCUGGCAGAAGUUUCUCAACGGCACCAAACAGAAUGUGGCUAUUGCCAACCCCGCCCUCGGCGUGUCCGUCCUGUCACCCUUCAAGGAGCGGGUCCGCUUCAAGCAGGCAGCGGUCGGCCACCGCACCCCGCCCCUGGAGGACACCACCAUCGUGUUCUCCAACCUGCGGCUGUCUGAUGAGGCCGCCUACAUCUGCGAGUACACAACAUUCCCUGCGGGCAACCGCGAGAACAUGGUCAAUCUCACCGUGUACGCUCGACCUGUGACACGUAUGACCUUGACAUCACCCACGAUCGUGGCCAGGGCCCCGAAACGCAAGACGACCGUCGCCAGUUGCGUGUCCGCCAAUGGGAAGCCACCCAGUGUGAUCAAAUGGGACACCAGGUUGAAGGGCGAGGCCACGUUCCAGGAGACCCGCAACGCCAACGGCACCGUAACAGUACGGAGCAACUACGUGGUGACGCCGAGCCGCGAGACCCACAAACAGAAACUCACGUGUAUCGUGACCUACCGCAAUGAAAGGAUCACGGACAGCGUGGUGCUCAAUGUGCAGUAUGAACCCGAGGUGAAGAUCGAGGGCUUCGAUGGAAACUGGUACCUGAACCGUCAGGACGUCCAGCUGACCUGCCGGGCCGAUGCUAACCCUCCUGUCACGAUCUACCAGUGGAAACUUUUGAACGGCUCCCUGCCCAGCAACGUGGAGAUCAAGAACAACUCCCUGUUCUUCAAGGGCCCCGUGACCUACGACCUCGCCGGCACGUACGUCUGCGACGCCACCAACGGCAUCGGGACGCGCACCGGCAUCGUGGAAGUCAACAUCACAGAAUUCCCUAACAACCCGCCAUCUGGGGGCCGUGGGAUCCCGCAGGAGCAGCACAAUACAGGUGCCGCCAUCGGGGGCGCAGUGGGGGGAGUCGUCCUGUUGGGUGUGGCGGCCAUACUGCUCUUCGUAUUCCUGCGCCGCCGCCAGCGCACCUUCAAGGGAGACUACAGCACCAAGAAACACGUGUUCGGAAACGGGUACAGCAAGGCCGGCGGCCUGCCCGCCCACCCUCCCAUCCCCAAGAAUCUGCAGUACCCGGACGACUCAGACGACGAGAAGAAGCCCGCCCAGAUCAGCGGCCCCGGGGGAUUCGAGGCGAGCGAGCGCGAUUUUGACGCGGAGGCAGAGGACCUGAAGAGGCCCUAUUUCACGGUGGACGAAGGCGAGAGCCGAGAUUACGAUGAGCGGACUCUCGCUUUCCAGUAUGACCCUGAACCUGAGAUCGCCGACGAUAUGAUCUCCCAAACCGACGGCUCUGUCAUUUCUAAGAAAGAGUGGUACGUGUAGUGGCAUGCAACAACCAAACCAAACAGCCCUCUGUCCCCACCUGCAUUCCACUGCACCCCUCACCUCCAUUACCGACCCCGCCCCUCCAUUUGUCACAAUGCACCCCUCCCGCAGUCCCAUUCCUCCUUGCUCCACCUAGCACCCCCCCUCCCCCCCAUCAGACCUCAUUCAACUAAUCUGAAUUAUAAAAGCAAGCGUCAGUUUAAAGUGCUAGCAACAUCAACGUCUCAUCAUCACAGCAUUGAUAUACUGAAAUUCCAGUGGGUGAAUGGCAAAGAAUACAAACUAAUAUAAGGUAUGUGAUUGGACUCAUGCCGAUUGCCAUUCUGAAAAGGCCAGGGAGGUGGUUGGUUGAUUAGUACUGGUGUGUAUUAUUAUUUUUGUGUAUUUUUUUCAUGUUAUAAAUGUAUUAAAUGUAUAAAAAGAGACUGCAGGAGGAGGUUUUGCUGAGCACAUUUGUGAAAGUCCUACACUGGAUGUACGAAUCGUUGUUUUUUUUUUUUAUUAUUAUUAUUUGUUUUGGUUUUGUUUUCGAUUUUCAUUACCAUUUGCCUUUAUUUGUUAUUUUUUUAUAAUGUCUUUUUGUAUGAUUUCUAAGUGACCCGAAAAUCGAGAGUGAAAUGUCUGACAUAAUUACAGGUGGAGUUAUGUAAGUGUUUGUAAUUUUGUGGUCAAAUGUUUCAGAGAAAGAAAAAAAAAAAAAAGAAAAAAAAAUAAGAUUCAUGCCAUAUAUCGCCUAGCAUCAUUUUUUUUUUUCUUUUUCCUCACUGGGGUUAGCAUGGGUGAGCUUACUCAAAUUUUGUACAUUUCCAACAUUACAGGCAGAUGUGUUAUCGCUGUUUUCCAAAGACAUGCUUAUUAUUCUUGACCCCGGCAUCUACAUGUUUUCUUCGCUGAGAGAGCUGGGAUCUGUCACUCUACAAAGCCAUACGGGCAUGGCAUAACAGAUAGAUGUUACAGGGUGUCAGUGCUGUUCUCAUUUUUUAAAAUUUUGUUUUUUUUAUUAUUAUUAUUAUUAUUAUUAUUAUUAUUAUCUCCCCCCCAUUAAAGGAUGAUUCUGACUUUGAUUUGGAUUGAUGACCGGCAUAGCUGGGGAGCGAAGGGCUGCAGUUGUUUCCAAACCCUUAUUCUUUUGAGUGUUUUCCACACUCACAUCCAAUGUGUUCGCUGAAAAAAAAAAAAAAAGAGAGAGAGAGAGAGAGAGAGAGAGAUUUGCUGAGUCAGUGUCCACAGAAAUCUUCAAUAGUGCCCUGAAAUGUCACUUCUUGUCACUUGACUUGAAAGGGUUCACCUGUGUAAUUGAGCUCUAAAUCUUACCACUGUAAUGAAAUGUCUAUUUUUGUGUUGGAAUUGUUAUAAUUAUUAUGUUUUGAUCUAACCCUUUUUUUAAGCAAAUGGAUAUCAGAGAAAGUGUCUUGGGAAUUUCCCCAAAAGUGACUCUGCUUCCCUUUAUAACGGUGUGACUGUGUACUAAAGAAUUGGCUUAAGCCGCCCGCUUACACCCACAGCAUAUUGUAUGAGGAGUCUUCUAUGGACAAAAAGGACAUGGAUAGAAGGAAAAUGUCAACUGAUGCUUUUAUUUACGCCUACGGGGCAAACACGUUGUCAUGGAAAGGGAAUUGAAAAAAUUAUGGUGGCCAUCCUGGAAUAUAAUAAGUCACCUGCUGCUUUCCCUCAUCUUUUUUAUUAUAUUUUCUUUUUCCUAGAAUAAAUUUCAAUAGCUCUUGGCAGAUUCUAAAAAAAAAAAAUAAUGAUUAAAAAAAAAAAAUGGUUGUCCUUGCCCCAGUUAUUGGCUGAUGUAUGUGCCAAUGGGGAUACUGUGUCUUAAGGCAUUACAUAUCCGGCUUGUUAAAUCGCCAUAACAAGUGUCAGUGAAUGUGGACCAUAGCAAAUGACUUGUUUCUUUCCCCAGCAUUGAGGUCCAUUAUACAAUCAGCAAAAUGUAUUGCUUAAAACAAACAAACAUGAAAAAAAUAUCUCAAAUGUGGGAUAGAACGGAAGCAUAGGUAUAAUCUGUGGAGAAAAAUGAAAUAUCUGGCUGGCUCUGAACAAUAUAAAUACUGUAUUAAGCCUUAUUUUAUGCAUGAUUUUUUGUGGGAGUGGAAGUGAGUACGUUGCUAUUUUUUCUGUAUCAAUCCAGUGCAUUUGUCCUCAUUUGCAGCUCAAAAGACAACACUUUGUCAGUGUUUGUAUCGAGGGUGGGUAUGGAGCGUGUGAGCUUAAAGGCAGGCAGCACCCUACAAAAAUAUUGCAGUUAACAAUAAAUAAGUAAAAAAAAAAAACAACUAAAAAAUAGAAAAAAAAUGCAGCAAAACAUCUCUGUGAGAGCAGAUAUCCCUGCAAACUAGAGAGGUGAAUGUUUUUACAGUUCAUGCUUGUCUACUGUAUGUUUCCAGAUGAGCAUGUUGAUCAGGAGCCUCAAAAUAUAUUGUAUUUUCAACAUACAGCUACUAGAAAGUGGGAAAUAUCAUGUCCUUGAAAGUCUUUUUUAUUUCAGUUUAUUAUUAUUAUUUUUUUUAAAAUCAUUUCUACAGCCUUAUUGACGUUUCUGUUUCUGUGUAUACAAUAAUAGUUACGAUAAUGGUACCGGGAGGCUUGCAUCAGCGAAAGCCGUUUCUGAGGUGGGAGAACUAAUUGACAGAAACUGGGUUGCUGCCUUCAAAGUGCAAAAGCAAAUUGGUAUUAUUUUGUUUGUUGUUUGUCUGCUUAAUAGAACUGAUUUGCUGUUACCUUUAAACCCCAUGCGGUUUACAUCACAACCCUAGCAGAGACAGACCUUUGAAAAAAAACACAUUUUUAUCUUUUCUUCUUGCAUUCAGUGCCUAUCAAAGUCAGGAGACGUGAGGUAGUCUAAACAAGCUGCUGCUCCGCCAUCUGAGUCAUUUAUGUCACCGAAUAUCAAAAUACCGAAACAUGGCAUGGACUACUAAUCUCUUCAAAUCCGAUGGAUGAUAAUUCUCUAAUUGCAGUAGAUUGGGAUUAAUAUAGAUUAGAUGUAAUAACACACUGGGCAUGUUUCCUCAUCCGAGUCCAAGCAUGAUACUAACAACGCUUCGGUCCUAUCUCUAAAAUCCGUCGAUCUCUUCGAGGCUGCACUCAUUACCAUUUAAAAGAUAGAUAAAUGGUGAUACAGCACUUUCCCCAGUCAAGGCUGGAUAGUUUAAACCCUAAAGAGAUCGAACUAUCAGAAAUUAGUCACACAUUGCUGACUUCCGUAAGCACAAUUGAAUCUCUAAUCCAAUCUCUAAUGCAACUUUGGACCAGGCCCAGAACAAAGAUCAAACCUGCUCCUUUAUCAAGCACAAAUUGAAGUUACCAAUUUCAUUUGAGAGAAAGUAAUUCUUGUUUUGUUUGUUGGUUGGUUUGUUUGUUUGUUUGUUUUUUCUGUACCCUCCCCCCAUUAUGAAACCACUGCCAUACUUGCUUCUCAAGCAUCUUGGAAAAUGAAAAGACUUGGCAUUUCAGUUUUUAGUCUACAUUCUGUAUACUGGUAGAUGUAAACAUUGUCUUCAUGUUGUCAGGGUGUUAUGAGUUUCUAUUUUGUAAUACUGACUGUAACUUCAUUCCAUCCUAAUCUACUUUUUGUAUUCAGUAUGUUCAACAUUCCACUGUAAAUAAUGUACAUAAGGUUGAGAUUAUAGUUGGGAUUUAUUUAGGGACAACUGCAUAGGGACCCUCUUCAUGUAAAAUAUAACUAUUUUGACUGCAAAAAAUAGAGAUUCAGUAAUGAUGGAUUUAGUAGGUGAAGUUGGUGCAUAGCUUAUUUCCAAAGUCCCACCUAAGAUGCCACUCCAGUGCGUUUUUGAUAUGCCAAUAGCGGCUUCACUGUCAUGCGAAGGGGUGAUGCAUACAAUCUGGUGACUUCAUAUUACUGAAAGAAAAACAAAAGAGAGAGAACUUGUCUGUAUGCAGCCAUGUGAAUGUACAUUUCUGAGGGUGUUACAAAUAUGAGAAAAAAAUCUUGUUCAAAUUGUGAUGACCCAGUGAAGUAACUUGUAUUUGUUUUAAACAUUAAAUGAGUUCAAUAGUCAACAAUGUUCUGUCCCAACUCACUGAUUGGUUAGAUGUGUGACUCUGAUUGAUAUUUCCUGUCUGCAGCACAUUUCUUCUCACGGUGUAUUGAUUUGGUAAUUGCAGGUUUCACCCCAAAUGCCUCCAUUGGUAAUGUAACCCAUACCGCUUUUUAUCUUCAUACACUGCGCUUAUAAAUGAAAUCGCCUUACUUAGUCCUGUCAGAUAAUUGGUGUCAGUUGUUAUUUUCCAUAGCCAUUAUUUGGAUUUGUUUGUUAGUUUGGGGUCUUAUCGCAUUCUCUCAGCCUUAAGUGUAAGACAUUAAAGCGUUGAGCAAUUAACUAGGUACUUUUCCCUCGCUUUGUUAAAGACAGAUAUUGUUAGGACAUUCUAGUCCACAUUUUCAGAUGAGGCUCGUGCAGAUGUACAGCCAAUUCUGCAGCAGCGCAGUUAAGCCACACUGUCUCUCCACUUCCACAGUGAGUUGUUUGGAAAAUGAUUAUUUCUGGUUAACUUUGCAGCUGCCAGAGGGCGCACAAGGUUGUUUCAGAGACCUGAGGUUUGCAUCAAAAAUAUUCAAUAUUCUGGUCUAAUUUACUGAAUUUGUAGGCAUCAGUGGGCACUGCAGUGCUAAUGCUGGAUGAUUUUCUCCUGCUGCAUUCAUGAUUCCACUGAUUCCUCUAGUUAAGGUGCUCCUGUACAGCAUGAGCAUAGCAAUCUUAGCAAUCUACAGCACCGGUACCAUGGCCAUGAACUUUGUGUUAAAAUUAAAUGAUGGACAAUCAAAUAUGUAUAGGGCAUGGCUCUUAUUCCAAACGUACUGUAUCUAACAAGUGUGGAAGGUAGCUGAUCCCCUUUACAGCUCUGAAGUUGAAUUGGUGCUGGUAUAGCAUAAUUAUAAUCAUGCUAAAGCUUGCAUGUGAUGAGAGGCUAACACAAGAUAAAUGAUACAUGCAAUACAAGGGUCUCUGAUGGUUUUCAUUGUACCUUUUAUAGAUUUUUUUUUUCUCUUUAACCGCAGAACAAAACUGUCAAACAGAUGUUGAUGAUAUUGUUGAUUGCGCACGGAGGAUAAUGGGCUCAGUAAGCAAUAGCAGUGAUAUGAUGAGAAAAGGCCAGUCUAGACUCAGACAGAUCUGUCUCAGGCUGCAGGCAUCUGCACCGUGCACAUUAAGAACUGGCCAGAGUUUGCAGCUGUUGCCAUCCAUUUACUAAAAGAGCCCUUUGUAGCCCAAAGGGGCUUUGAUGGCAUAUAGUGUUUUAACAUGCGCAGCCAUGGAGUUUUUUUUUUUUUUUUUUUUCUUUU